GAAAAAUGAUCCAUAUUGAUUAUAGUUAAUUGAAUCUCAAAAAAUAAGAGAAAAUACAAAUUAUUAUUGAUUAGAUGAAAAUGGUUAUGAUGGCAAUGCCCAAGUUCAUAACGAACACACAACACAACCCUUACUCAGCAAAAAUCUAUGGGUCGGGUAAAAGUUUUUUUAUUGACAUAACGUCCUGGUGUAUUUCAUCUUCCUUCCACCUUACUUAGGGAAGUUUGUUUUUAUUAACUUGCAUUGUUAUUGUUUGUAUGUAAAUCAACAGGACUCUCUAUACCACAAGUAUCCUUACUAGCCUUUGAUCGAAACUAAACCUGGUUUACCCUGCAUUUCUUCUUUACCUUCCCUUUUCAUGUAUCGUUUACUGUUUAUCCUUUUCACAUGUCUGAUGAUUAUUGCAACGGGAGCCGAAAGCUCUCACACGAAUAAUUGGGCAGUGUUAAUAUCUACAUCUCGUUUUUGGUUUAAUUAUAGACAUGCUGCUAAUGUUCUUGGGAUCUACCGUUCGGUAAAACGACUGGGAAUUCCAGACAGUCAGAUAAUCCUCAUGAUUGCAGAUGAUUAUGCAUGCAAUUCUCGAAAUCUCUUUCCAGGUACCGUUUUUGAUAACGCUGAUCGUGACAUGGACCUUUAUGGAGAAGAUAUAGAAAUAGAUUACAAGGGUUAUGAGGUGACCGUGGAAGCGUUUGUUCGUUUAUUAACUGAACGAGUAUCAGAAAAUACACCAGCUAGUAAGCGACUGCUGACCAAUGAGCACUCUAAUAUUUUAAUUUAUAUGACAGGACAUGGUGGUGACGGUUUUAUAAAGUUCCAAGACUCCGAUGAGCUCAGUUCUGAAGAUUUUGCUGAUGCUUUAGAGCAGAUGCACCAACAUAAGCGAUACAAUGAGAUCCUAUUUAUAGCUGAUACUUGUCAAGCGAAUUCACUGUACAAGAAGAUUUAUUCACCAAACAUUGUUUCCAUUGGUAGCAGUGAAAUUGGUACUUCAUCUUAUUCCCAUCACGCAGACUCAGAUAUCGGUGUAGCGGUGAUUGACCGUUUCACGUUUUCAACCUUGGAAUUUUUGGAAAAUCGUGUGGAUAUCAAGAGCAAAUUAAGUAUUCAAGAUUUAGUUGAUUACUACGAUCCAGGAGAGAUUCGAUCCACUCCAGGGGUUGAGUCCACAUACUCACAAAAAGGCUUGGACGAGGUUUUGAUUAUGGACUUCUUUGGGAAUGUUCGUGAUAUAGAACUUCACCAGGAACCUACAAAGUGGAUUCUACCGGAUGAGCAAAAUGAUAGUACGCCCAGCUACAAGGAUUCAUCCUUUGUUAGAGAGUCCCCUCCUAAUAUAACAAAACUAGUCGAUGGGAAAAACCGAGGAAGAAGCAUCCCUUUACGUUUACAUAAUUAUUCAUAUUCAGAUAUGUUUUCCGCUAGCCUCUUUUUAUUAAUUCUGAUGCUUCCAUUUUGUUUGCAAAUAUUUUCAAAGAAGAAAUGAUGAAGCAGCAUUCGCGGAAGCAUCACAUGUUUAUCUAAUUUUUAUGAAAGCUCCAUGCAAUAGGACUUCCAACUUACACAUUGGCGAGCGUUUAAAAUAAUGAUCUAAUAAACUAAAUUGAGAAAAGGAAUAAUGGUAUAAGUCAACGAUUGACCAUAUACAGCUUGCAAACAGUAGUCAUAAUGUAUAAAAAAGUUAAACAAACAAGGAGUCAAGACCCGUUAACAACAAAUAUAAUCUAAAAUGAUAUAUCUAGAGUUUCUGAAGCUUGGCUAUGUUGAUAGCAUUCUCAAGAUCACUUUUCAAAUCCUCAACAUUUUCAAUACCAACGCUGAUACGGAUUAAGUCUUCAGGCAAACCGCGCUGAUCACGAACAUCCUUCUUAAUGGAAGCGUGACUCAUAUACGCGGGCAUGCUAAUUAAAGAUUCAACGCAACCGAAUGAAACAGAAAUAUGAAACAGCUUGGUGCUUUCUACAAUAAUCUUGGAAAACUCAACGUUGCCGGUAACAAUAGACAUAACAGCACCUGGGCCACGAGAAAAAGAAUUAAAAACAGCUGUAGAUUUACAGUCGGGGUCUAAACCAGGGAAGUUGACGAACAAACCCUUGGAUUUCAAAAAUUUAGCAAGUUCAAUAGCAUUUUGCUGAGCGCGUUCGACUCUGAUACCCAUAGUUUUAAUACCACGGAGUAAAAGAAAGCUUUCAAAUGGAGCCAAGCCUGCACCACAAGCAUUGAUGUUGAAAAAAACAGAUUUAGCCAAUUCAUCACUUCUAGUUGCAAUAGCACCUCCCAUAAUAUCGUGAUGACCGGAAAGGAACUUUGUAGCAGACUCAUAAACAAUAUCAUAACCAAAAUCUAAAGGGUUGCAAAGGAUGGGAGAAAGCAUAGUAUUAUCCAUAACCAACACGGCAUUCUUGGCCUUUUCACGAGUUAUUCUAACGAUGGCAUGAACAUCGCAGAUUUUAAUAAGAGGAUUUGUUGGACUUUCGACUAAAACGAGGGCAGUGUCGGGUCUCAAAGCAGCUUCAAAAGCCGUGAGAUCCCUAGUAUCUACAUUAGAAACUUGGAAUCCAUAAUUAGCAAUGUUGAGGUUGAGCAAUCGAUCGGAACCACCGUACAGAUCGUCACCAGCGACAAUGUGAGAUCCGGUCUUGCAUGUUUUAAGGAUCAUGUCCAAGGCGGACAUGCCGUUGCUGGUGACAAAGCAGUGCUUAGCCUUCAUAAGCUUGGCCAAGUGAACUUGAAGGGCGGUACGGGUGGGAUUACCGGAACGAGUAUAAUCGAACUUUCCCAUCUCGUCCAAACUAUGCUGCUUAAAAGUAGCAGAUUGGUAAAUAGGGACCGAGGAAGCAUUGAACUGAUCUUGGUUGCCUUCGACGCGAAGCAGCUCGGUCUCGAGAGAGUAUUUAGAAUUGAAAUCCAUACUGAUUGUCAU